AUGGAUACUUCUGGGAGUGCACGAACGUCGACUGCCGGCUGCAUCGACGAUGCCGACAGCGCCAGUGCGGACGUCGUCAGCAAGUUGUCGUGGGACGCCUGGGUCACGGCGUUGGUCGGGCGGACAGGGUUGUCUAGCGAUGCUGCAGCGGCCGGGAAGGUGCGCGCGCUACUCCGCCACUUUUGCUUCCGAACUACGUUUGCAGCCUUCCGGUUGGCCGGCGCUACUGCCUAUGCACCGAUCACAGCGUUCACCGGUUUGCCUGCGACGCCCCCCUUGGUUGGUCUGGCCCACCAGGAUAUUGUCCAGGACUUGUCCAUCGAUUGGGUCAAGUCAGAGGCAAUACGUCAUAUCACUGAGCUUGCUGAAGCCCUCGCUGUGAUGCACAAGCAUGUUGCCGAGACAGCUGCGCAGAAGCGUGCAAAGACCCGAAAAGCGCUGCAGCACCCUGGCAAGCUUACGUUGCGUUGGAAGGGACCAUACCGUGUCGUGAAGGUGGUAUCGGACCACCUGAUGGAGGUGCAGCAGCUUGUGCCACCCGGCGCCACGUCAUUGCACCGUACAUGUCGACUGCGCAUGUACUGUGAAGGCGGGAGAGAAGUUGAUGAAGACCUGACGGCGCAGAUUGUGUUUGGUGAUGACGGAUUUUAA